AGAUGAUUCAGUAGUGACAGGAAGCCGACUGCCUUGCCCACUGCUCGCCAGAGUCAGUGGUGUUGGCAUCAGCUUGGGCAGGUGUGUGUGCGGCACAGGAUGAAGGGGCCAUGGUGAGGAGCCCUCACCCUCAGCCUUACAGCCUCUUCCCCAAGCCAACAUGAGUGCCGAGCUGGAGCUGCUGUGGCCGGUGUCGGGAUUAUUGCUGCUGCUGUUGGGGGCCACAGCCUGGCUGUGUGUCCACUGCUCCCGCCCAGGAGUGAAGAGAAAAGAGAAAAUCUACGAGCAGAGGAACCGGCAAGAAAAUGCACAGAGCUCAGCUGUGGCUCAGACAUACUCCCUGGCCAGGCAGGUGUGGCCAGGACCCCAGAUGGACACAGCUCCAGACAAGUCAUUUGAAAGGAAGAACAAGAUGCUGUUCUCCCACCUUGAGGGUCCUGAGUCCCCUAGGCACCAGAACUUCUACAAAGGAAGUAGCCAGGAGCCUGAUGCUGCCUAUGUAGACCCCAUCCCUACAGACUACUACAACUGGGGAUGUUUCCAGAAACCCUCAGAAGACAACGAUUCCAACUCCUACGAGAAUGUGCUCAUCUGCAAGCCCAGCACCCCCGAGUCAGGUGUCGAGGACUUUGAGGAUUACCAGAACUCAGUAUCCAUCCAUCAGUGGCGAGAGUCCAAGAGGACUAUGGGUACACAAAUGUCCCUAUCAGGAAGCCCAGAUGAGGAGCCAGACUAUGUGAAUGGGGAUGUGGCCGCAGCAGGGAACAUCUAGGAGAGAACCAAUCAAUCAGAAGGAAGAAGGGCCUGAGGAUCAGGGAUGUGAGCGGGAACUGAAGCCUUUACUGCCUGCUGAAUAAAGCCUGUUCUCCAGGGAUGCUCAAGUUUCACACCCUGGCCGUGGCUGCUCCACAGCCUGGGAGACGCUGGGAAUCGCCAGAGUCCCAAACCCCAAGUGAUGCCCUGGACUUCUUUGGGGGCAAAGCAAGUGCCCAGGGGAUAUUGACUGUGCUGACUGGAAGCCCAAGACCUGAGGCAAGAUGUGACCCCAGUCUCACAUCUAAAAUGAGGCACAACAGUGGCAUUUGUGGGUUUUGUUUUUGUCUUGGCUGCAGGAUCUCACUAAGUUACUCAGGCUGAUCUCAAACUUGUAACCCUCAGUCCUAGUGUUGGGAUCGCGUCCUACCAGGUUUUUUUUUUUUUUCCUUUCUUUGUUUGGACCUCAGAUUACUUAUGUCGACUUCUAGGACUGUUGCUAUGACUCUUUUUGUAGUUAACUAAAGUUGCUGGAGUCGUAUUUAAUAUUGUCAAUGUCAGGGGAUUCCCUGUCUCAGAGCAUUAUGUGUACUAACUGUAGCAGAGGAAUGGGGUAACCUGGGAUCACUUUGGUUUCUUAGUGGGCUCCAGCUUGUUCUGAUCUUCCAUUCCUGCGGGCGGGGACUUUGUGCGAUGGUGAUAGGGAAAUAAAACUACCCCCUCACCAAACACCAAUAAACCCUGUGAGUGUGAGAGCAAACACUGCACACAUGCCUUUGUUUAAACACCUUCCCCUGUGUGUGUUCUUAGGGCUGAAUGUCUCUGUUGUUGCUCUCCGUUAUUAUUUUUUUUUUUAAAGACAGUCACACUGUGUAGCCCCUGGCUACCCUGGUACUUGCUUUAUAAACCAGGCUGACCCACCCUGAUGAGAGACCCUGUCUGCUUCUACUUCCUGGAUACAGGGCUGAA